AUGUCUUCGGCCCAGGACCAGACCCAGGAACCCGAGCUCAACGAAUUCCAGAAAUACAACGCUGCAGUCGAUUUUCUUACACUUCCUAUGUUCAGCAGGGGCCAGCUCUCGCAGUACAACGGAGUAGACAAGCCAGAGCUCUACGUGGCGAUUCGGGGCAUGAUCUUCGACGUAACACACAACCAAAAAAGCUACGGUCCAGGCAAAGCGUACAAUCGCUUGGUAGGCCGAGACGCCAGUCGCCAAUUGGGCACCAACAAGCUCCAGCUUGGUCCAAACGAGAUGUUGAAGGAUGAGCCCGAGAAUACGUGGUACACGGGCGAUUUGACCGAGAAGCAGAAUGGUGUCGUUGACAAGUGGGGCGAGUUUUUCAAAAAGAGAUACAAGAUUGUUGGCAUUGUGGUUGACCAGGACCUGAGGUGA